AGUGCACGCAGCCAAUGAGGAAGAGGAGGAUGAGAUCCAACACCUCAUUGCCAUCAAGGUGGAUCGAGGCUUCUUUUUGGCGCUAUUUAGGAUUAAUUUAUCCGAAUUAGGAAGAAUGAAAACGGUUCCGUCAGUCGCAGCUUUAAUGGAUGGAGACAACAAGCGUGGCGCGUUCAGGGUCCGCCUCACAGGAGCGGGGUGUGUGCAGCAUGAGAGCCGUUUGGAGGAGCACUGAGAGGCGGACAUAUCACCUGACGGCCCCCUCCUCCCGCCACCCAACACCGGACAGAAGCGGACACCGUCGCUCCCUUUCAUCUUGUCAACGAGAGGCAGUGAACGCCUCACACACCGCGGUGCGUUCAAGGAAGGGCGCAACUUUUUUUUUUGCUUUCUCCUUCAUCUCAACAACUCUCACCGCCGAGCUUGAUUGGAGCGAACCGUCAGCUCUCUUAGUUCGCUCGGGUGACUGGAAAAAGUCCAGAUAAAGUCCACCGCCGUGAAGAUGCCGGUCCGUAGAGGCCAUGUUGCUCCACAGAACACCUUCCUGGACACCAUCAUCAGGAAAUUUGACAGUCAAAGCCGCAAGUUCGUCAUUGCCAAUGCAAGAGUGGAGAACUGCGCCAUUAUCUUCUGCAACGAUGGCUUCUGUCACAUGUGCGGUUACUCGCGAGCUGAGAUCAUGCAGAAGCCGUGCACGUGCAACUUCCUGUACGGACCCGACACCAAACGUCUGGCCAUCGCUCAGAUGGCUCAGGCCCUGCUGGGGUCAGAGGAGAGGAAAGUGGAGAUCGACCUUUACCGCAAAGAUGGUCAGUGCUUCCUGUGUAUGGUGGAUGUGGUGCCCGUGAAGAACGAAGAUGGCAUGGUGAUCAUGUUCAUCCUCAACUUUGAGGUCAUGAGUGAGGAGACACUGCAAGACGGCAAACAGGAGCUCAACCACCGCCUGCCCACCUGGCUCGUCACAGGUCGUCCUCGAGGCUUCAAAUUGCGUCUUCCCCUGCUGCGCUCCCUCUCCAACAGUAAAGUGUCCCUGGACGACGCAGAGUCCGGUCGGAUCCCCGUUGCGACACCUCUGCACCCGGACGACGGCUGUCCCGAGUCCCUGGGCCUUGGAGAGUUCCUGCCCCUCCCUCCUUUACCGCCAGACCACUCGGAGCAGAUCACUGCCAGCAGGUCCGCUCUACAAGGCUGGCCAGAAGACCACGCGGAGGACCAGCACACUUUACUGCGCUCCGUGUGUCCGGCGCCCCCCCAGCCGCCUCCUCCCCACGUAAUCCACCUGGUGGGACCCCUCACCCAGUCGUCCCCCUGCGUAGCAUCGCACCACCGCCUCAGCCUCAACCAGGACGCCUCAGGCUCCAACUGUUCUUUGUCACGUAGCCGCUCGCGGGAAAGCUUCCACAGCAUGCGGCGCGCCUCCUCUGUCGACGAGAUCGAGGCCAUGAGGCCCGACUGGGACCGGAAAAACCGGAGAGCGAGCACACGACCGGGAAGCACCGGUGCAGUGAACAGUAAGUCCAACAUACUGAACUCCACGUCAGACUCUGACCUCAUGCGGUACCGUGCCAUCUCCAAAAUUCCUCAGAUCACCCUCAACUUUGUGGAUUUCAAACCCGACCCACUCAUCGCUCUGCCCUCGGGCGAGAUGGACAUCAUAGCACCUUGCAAACUCAUCGACCGCACGCACCACGUGACCGAGAAAGUCACGCAGGUGUUGUCUCUGGGCGCCGACGUGUUGCCGGAAUACAAACUUCAAGCUCCUCGCAUCCACAGUUGGACGGUUUUGCACUACAGCCCCUUCAAGGCGGUCUGGGAUUGGCUCAUCCUGCUGCUGGUCAUCUACACCGCCAUCUUGACACCUUACUCUGCCGCUUUCCUCCUCAACGACACGGAAGAGGUAGCCAUCCAUAUCUGCGGAUACUCGUGUUCUCCUCUCAAUGUGGUGGACCUCAUAGUGGACAUCAUGUUCAUUAUCGACAUCCUCAUCAACUUCAGGACAACGUACGUCAACUCCAACGACGAGGUGGUGAGCCACCCUGUGCGCAUCGCCGUGCACUAUUUCAAGGGAUGGUUCCUCAUCGACAUGGUAGCCGCCAUCCCCUUCGACCUUCUCAUCUACCGCAGCGGAGAAGAGACCACCACUCUGAUCGGCCUGCUGAAAACCGCUCGUCUGUUACGACUGGUCCGCGUCGCGCGGAAAUUGGACCGCUACUCGGAAUACGGCGCGGCUGUGCUCUUCCUCCUCAUGUGCACCUUUGCUCUCAUCGCUCACUGGCUGGCCUGCAUCUGGUAUGCUAUAGGUAAUGUCGAGAGGAAUGGCUCCAUUGGGUGGCUUCACACGCUGGGGGACCAACUUGGAAAAACCUUCAAUGAUUCCAUCCCAGGUUCAGGGCCUUCCAUCAAAGACAAGUACGUGACAGCUCUGUACUUCACCUUCAGCAGUCUGACCAGCGUCGGUUUUGGAAACGUCUCCCCGAACACGAACUCAGAGAAGAUCUUCUCCAUCUGCGUCAUGCUCAUAGGAUCUCUGAUGUACGCCAGCAUCUUCGGGAACGUCUCAGCCAUCAUCCAGCGGUUGUACUCCGGGACAGCGCGCUACCACACCCAGAUGCUUCGAGUGAGGGAGUUCAUCCGCUUCCACCAGAUUCCCAACCCGCUCCGUCAGCGUCUGGAGGAGUACUUCCAACACGCCUGGUCCUACACUAACGGCAUCGACAUGAACGCUGUGUUAAAAGGUUUUCCAGAGUGUCUCCAGGCAGACAUCUGUCUCCAUCUGAACCGGACUCUGCUGCAGAACUGCAAGGCUUUUAAAGGCUCCACCAAGGGCUGCCUCAGGGCGCUGGCCAUGAAGUUCAAGACCACCCACGCGCCUCCCGGCGACACGCUUGUCCACGCCGGGGACGUCCUCAAUGCCAUCUACUUCAUCUCCAGAGGAUCCAUAGAGAUACUAAGAGGAGACGUGGUGGUGGCCAUAUUAGGAAAGAACGACAUCUUUGGCGAGCCUAUCAACCUGUACUCUCGACCGGGUAAAUCCAAUGCAGAUGUGAGGGCUCUGACCUACUGCGACCUGCACAAAAUAUUCAGGGAAGAUGUCCUGGAGGUACUGGAUAUGUACCCAGAAUUUGCAGACCACUUCUGGAACAACCUGGAAAUUACCUUCAAUCUCCGUGAUACCAACAUGAUCCCAGGCUCUCCCAGCAGUGAUGAGUCCAAAUGUGGGGGCUUCAACAAAUUACGCAGACGCAAAUUAUCAUUCCGGAGGCGCACAGAGAAAGAUGAUGCAGAUGCCGGUGAAAUUAAAAAGAGCCACAAGUCCGUAAAUCGAAGAAGAGAGAGAGAAGCGAGUCACAACCAGAAACGUCCGGAGGCAGCGAAGAGACAGUAUCGGAGCUCGAUGUCUUCACACUCCAGUGGUGACGAGGGAGAUGAAUCUGUUGUAACUGGCCUCACUCCUUCCUCUGCAAUGUUGGACAACCCACAUGGUCAGUCCACACCCAAGCGUUUCUCGGAGCACACGGACGCGGAGGCAGAGGCCAAGACUGGCAACACCUGCAAUGCAUUGUCAGGUGCUCUCUCGGGCGUGUCCAACAUCUUCAGUUUCUGGGGGGAGAAUCGAGGGGGCGGUCAGUACCAGGAGGUUCCCAGCUGCAGCCUGGCCUCUCCCCCACCCCUCGGCACACCUUUGCACAGCUUGAGCCGCCAGCAGCGCAACCAGCUGGACACACGCCUGGACCUGUUGCAGAAACAACUUAAUAGGUUGGAGAAUCGCAUGUCAGCAGACAUCGGAACGAUCAUGCAGCUGCUGCAGAGACAGAUGACUAUGGUGCCACCUGCCUAUAGUGCUGUGUCAUCACCGCCUCAGGCCUUUCUGUACACUGAUCCGGGUCCUGGAGAGAAACUGGUUCUACCCGUUACACCUUUGAAGACAAACACCUCGGCCUCUCUAUCCCAGAUCUUGGAUUCUCAGGAUUUUGAAGAAUUUCCAGUGAAAUCGCUUGAAUCGCUUGAGCCACAGGACUCUCCUUUGAUCAGCACCAACCAGAAUCAGAUUUCUUCCACUGGAUUGGACAGUUUGGGACAACAUUUGGAGUUUGAGCUUGGACUAGGAACUGGGGGCGCUGCAAAUUUAGGACCACCAGUACGUUUAGAUUUAGAGAAUAGUGCAGCAUCGAGUUCACAACCUGGGUUGGGCGCAAGUUUUAGAACAGGGUUGGAAUUGAGAUCAGGAUUGUCUACCGGGGUUGGGGUCGAGCAAACGGCUGAAGCGGAGCUGUCUUUCCAGGAUUCCGACACCCAAAGGCGGCUGUCCCUUCAGGAGUCACAAACACCUAUGGACUCACGGACACCACAGAGACACAGUUCUGACCCAGGAGGGAGGUAGGGAAGCGUUGAGGAGCAGAGAAGAGGAAGGUUCUACAAAAGAGGUGUUGUAUCAUUCUGGAGCUUUGUGGAACGUUUGAUUGUGUCUUCACCAACGACUCCCCCUUGUCAAAGCAAGGUUGCAUCGUUCGCUAAGACCUUUGGGUGAAGUAGGAUUAACGUCUCUGUCCCUUUCCCUCUAACGCGAUUCUUCCCCUUCAAGAGCUUUCAGAACUCAAACAGUGAAACCUUUAAUCAACAUCCCAAAUGGAGCUUGAGGGUGACAUCAUUGCACUCUCAGAUGACUGCAAUCCUAUCGGAGUAUCUCUACCUGUAGGAGUAUCCCUUUACUGCUGGAUCCGGUCUCGAUGACUUGUUGAGAACAAACGCAGCAGACAGAAUCUUCAUGAAAUGAAACAAGUAGCCAUCAUGUCUUGCACUGAAAACAAUUACUCUACUCUUUGUGUCAGUGGCGCUUCCGAAAACUAAGUUGGUUAAAAUGUAGUGUUAGCUGGCCUAACAGGAAACCUGCUGUCCCCUUUCUGUCAUGGCUUCCUUUUACCCUGAUGUCCCGCGCCAAGAGGCGGCGAGGACGCCCCCCCCCAAGCUUCCCAAGAGUGCACUUGACUGGCUGGUUGGUUGGUUUGCACUUCAGGGGUGGGAACUGGAGCUUUCAAAAGCCAUGCAUUUUCUUGAUGAACAUAUCAGCUGCCCGACCAGGACCGUUGGCGACAAACACCACGGCGUCACAGACACCUGUCACCGUGUCGCUGGCUAAACAAACACGGAAUCCCACUUUUUUUUAACUCGGUAAGCUUUGAGUUUGCAGAUGAGACAGCAGUUUUAAGUUUAUCAUUGUUGACUUUGCUACCUCAGAUUUCACUGGUUCAUCGUUUUGGUUUUUCACCCUCGACGCUUUAUCUUGUAAAUAGCAGUUAUCACACGUACAUAUACACGUUUGCGACAAGACGAAUGCGCCAUUAAUCUAUAUAUACUUCUUUAUGCACUGGCAAGAAAACAUGAGUGAGUGCGCUUUAAUACGAUUAUGUAGCGUGUGAUUGUAUACUCAUUUUUGUGUGACUCGGUACGUCAACGCAAAGCCAUCGAGGCAUUUUGUUGUUUGUGCAUGUCGAGCCAGCCCAUGUAAAAAUCCCUUUAACCGGAAGUUCCAAAAUACUUGUUCUUCUGCCCAAGAUUUUUAAGUACAAACCUUACAAUGUUCCAGUUUGACCAAGCAAGCAUCGUUUUCUUGCCUUAAACGAGCAAACGUCCUAAGAGGUAUGUCAAUGUUCGGACACACAGGGUGAAGAAGAAUCCGAGUUAUGUGCAAACGGAGAAAGUUUGCUGUACGGUUCAGCUUUAGAGCUGCUAAAAGCAAAAUGUAACUUAAUUUAAAGGCCUACUGAAAUGCGAUUUUCUUAUUCAAACAGGGAUAGCAGGUCCAUUCUAUGUGUCAUACUUGAUCAUUUCGCGAUAUUCCCAUAUUUUGCUGAAAGGAUUUAGUAGAGAACAUCGACGAUAAAGUUCGCAACUUUUGGUCGCUGAUAAAAAAGCCUUGCCUGUACCGGAAGUAGCAGACGAGUAGCGUGACGUCACAGGUGGUGGAGCUCCUCACAUCUGCAAAUUGUUUACAAUCAUGGCCACCAGCAGCGAGAGCGAUU